AUGGACAAUAUAUCAGCUUCUCCUCUGGAAAUAAUCAUUUGUGUUGUUUCCAUUAUCGCCACAGCUAUCAUAAUCAGAUUCAAAUGGACAACUUCGCAAUCGCGUCGUCUGCCACCUAGUCCGCCCCAGAGCCCCAUUUGGGGACAUCUCCGCAUGAUCCCCAAAGAUAAUCCGGAACGCCAGUAUGUUAAAUGGGGGCAGGAGUAUAACUCGGAUAUACUUUACUUCAACGUCCUGUCCCAACCAAUAGUCGUCCUGAACAGUGUCGAAAGCGCUCAUGAACUUCUGGAUAAACGAGGAGCCAACUUUGUGGAUCGUCCACGAUUCGUUGUCUACGAAGUUAUGGGAUGGGGCGUCACGCUUACUUUCCUCCGUUGGUCUCCUCGUUUCAGACUUCAUAGGAAGCUACUUCAACAAUCUCUUACUCAGUCUGCCUGUAAACCGUAUCGACCCAUUCAGUUGGAAGAGGCGAGGAGAGCUAUAAAAGCUAUUCUUCGAAAGCCGCAUGACUGGGAGUUUCUUCUGCGUCAGUUCUCAACGGCCGUUGUCUUACGCAUCGGAUUCGGGAUCGAUGUUCAAGAUGAGAAUGAUCCUUACGUGAAGAUGGCUAUUGAUGUCGAAGAAGCCACGGGGAAAGGAGGAGUUCCUGGGGCUUCAAUUGUUGAUUUCUUCCCUGUGCUUCGAUUUCUGCCCAGCUUUAUGGAGAGGGUAUCGGCUGCUUUUCAGCCUCUUGCUCAUGCACGCCGGACGCGACCAUCUAUUCAGCAUUUGCAUGAUGCACCGUGGGAUGCAACUGAGCCAUCUAUACGUUCGGGUAAAACAUGGCAGCCUUCGUUCAUGUUAACGCACUUUAGCAAAUAUCUUGAACAUGAAAAGAAUGGCACUCCUGGCGAGGCGAGUAUUGCUGACAUUAAAGGCGCAGCGGGGGCUAUCUCCAUUGCAGGUGGUAAUACCACUUGGUCUACGAUUAUUGUCUGUAUACUCAACCUCAUACUACACCCUGAAAUACAAAGGAAAGUUCAAGAGGAAAUACAUCAAGUGCUCGGCCUCGAUGAAGAAGGGCAUAUAUCUCGUCUUCCUAAUUUUGAAGAUAGGCCGCAUCUGAGAUACCUGGAGCUUGUUAUUCAAGAAGCGACACGCUGGGCUCCCUUAUCGCCGCUCGGUGUCCCCCAUGCUUCUCUUGAAAAUGACUGCUAUAAGGGUUACCAUAUCCCGAAAGGAUCGGUCGUUUUCGCCAAUGCCUGGGCAAUGUCGCGGGAUGAGCGUCAUUACUCUUCGCCUGAUGAAUUCCUUCCACAUCGGUUCAUUCCCAAAUCCGAAGGAGGCAAAGGAGAACCUUUACCUGAAGGACCAUUUGGUUUUGGAAGGAGAGUUUGUCCCGGUCAGCACUUGGCACUUGCAGGUGUCUAUAUCGCGUUGGCAACACUGGUGGCUACAAUGGAUUUAAAUUGCCCCGUCGAUGAAAAUGGUAGAACAAUUAAACCACACGUCACGUUCUCGAGUGGACUGAGUGGUGUUCCGAAUAGUUUUCCAUGCGUUAUCACGCCGAGGUCAGCAGAGGUGAAGUAUUUACUUCUAGGAGAUUAG